CGCAAAUUACCCACGUCACUUCCCGUCUUCCUGUGCGCCAUGUUUUCCAGAAAGAGCGGACUAGUGUUUCACUGAGGUGGACACAAAAGCGUAAUAAAUAAAUAAAUUAAUAAUAAUAAUAAUAAUAAUAAGCUAGGCCUGAUGUUUUUACACAAUCCACAUUACAGCCGCGCGCGACUGGAAACGUGAAGAUUCAAAACCAUCAUACUGCGCGCGCGCCUCGCGGUGACGCCGGAAGACAACACACGCAGCCGAAAAGCAUCAAAACUCGACCGCCUUCCUCCUCCUGAGCGGACACUGAAGGUAGAGAGACAGACUGUCUCUCACUCACACACACCGCCCAGUUACAGACAGCGUCAGUGGGACAUUAUAGGAAGCUGAGCGUCAGUGUUGCAGCAGGAAUAUUGAGUGUUUUCUCCAGUCCGUGUUGGACUCACAGCGGCGCAUCAACUUCACAUCCACAGCAGGCCCUUUCCCCAGCUGCUGGGACUUCAGGGGCUAACGAUGGACAAGUAGCUCGUGGAGUUCAUUCAUUAGAGCACUUUGAUUCUCAUUAUUGGAACUAUAUUAUAAGCUCCUCUACGAAUGUCCACGUCGUUUUUAUGAGACGUUUUCACGUGAGCAAAACUAGCGGACGGUUCUGCGUUACAUUACGAGCCUGUAUUCACUUUUAUCGCCAGCAACAAAAUGUAUCAAGUGCCAGUGAAUGAUUUGGCAAAACUCCGAAGAUCACGAAAAAAGGUGAAGAGUAUUCUGUGCGACAUUGCGCUGCAGAAUUGUCAGGACUUGAUAGAGGAAUACAGACCUUUCGAUGCCGGCGAGGCAAGUUUCAACAACACGGAGUGGAGCGAUUUCACCGAUGGGUAUGUUGGCAAGAUGCGGAAAAAGUGGAAAUAUCGGAGGGAAUCACUGUGCUGCAGCCUGUGUUGGUUUUCCACGCGGUCUUUUAACACCUACAGAAGUCACAUAAUGCGGUGUCAUAGGGAGGAACUAGACCUCGCAUCACUUUUAGCCUGCCCCAGUUGCCCUUUUGUCAGCCGCCCAGAAACCAUAAAUCAGCACCUCAAGUAUUUUCACACCAUGACUCAAAAAGCAACAUUAACUCCCAACAUGUCAGUUCUUCAGCCACCUAAGACUGUAACCCUCACAACCGCUUGCGACCUGGCCGACGAUAGGUACAUGUGUGUGAACUGUGGCUAUUCUGACUCUUUACUUUAUGUGAUGAAGAAACACGUUUUGGUGAACCACUAUGCUACAUUGUUGAACCGUUACUUUGGGCACAGGUUGGAGAGUGUCCAAAACACAGUCGGUCCAAACAAAAAUGCCAGAGUUCUGAAUUCUAAGUAUUACUGCAAGGAGUGUAAAUUGCCAGCAGAGACCAUAGAACAUCUCCUGUAUCACAUUUUGAGCUCGGACAAGCAUAAGGAUCUCCACUGGCAUAUUAUGCCGUUUAUCAGUGAAAAGACUGUCUCUGCUCAAAAUGCUGGGCGGGCGAACUUGCUGAAUUUUGUGACGAAUUUGAAUCAGGGCAGCCAUUUAAGAAUGGUCACCGGAUCCAACUUUGAGCAACAAGGCAAGCAAAUGAAAGCACAUUCGUUAGCUAAAUCUAAUGGCACGAUGCUCAUGGCAGGGCCAACCACCACAACAGGUCUUCUGUGCGCUGCUGGAGGGAGGCAGGUCUUCCUCUCCUCCCAGACUCCAGCUUUACUACAACAGCAGGCCUCUAGUGGGAUCCCUCAAGAUUUGACGACAUUGUCUUCCUCUUCGCUUGUUAAAUCUAUAAAUAUGGUGAUGCCAAAUAUGCCGAAUGCUUCUAAACAGGUACCCGUGGCCAUGGCGGUGCCUAGGCUUUCACAAUCUCAAUCAGCCCAACAGAUGCUUCUGCCACCAGCAGUUCAGGUCAACCUCCCGGGCAAAACCGGUGUACGUCCACCCGUGCUUUUUACUCACAGGCUACAGCUAAACCAGUCUGCUCCCAGACAGCCCAUCUUAGCCUCUCAGUCUGUCCGUCUCAUUCCUACCGGCAACAAAGUGAAUGGCGUCCCAACGUACACUUUGGCUCCUGUUCAAGUUAACACGGUACCCGGCCAGCCCAGCGCUAGUCAAGUAGUGAACCGUACACCAAUAGUCGUGACGCAGAACGGGCCUCAGUCUUCAAUGAUCAGUUCAUCAAAGGCUGCAGUAGUGCCUGCUAAGCCAGAACCUUCAGGUCCUAAAGAGGUACCACGUAAAAAAAUCCGACCAAACAAAUUGGCCGUUUUUGCGCCAUUCCUAAAGAAACAGAACGACGAUACUGUAAAAUGCCUGCGGUGCAAGGUUCUGUUGACGGAGCAGUGGAUCUUUCAGCAUUUGCUGCAUGGUUUGAGGUGCCUGUUUUGCCCUCUGAUGUUCUACUCCUUCAAGCAGAUCAUGGAGCACUCCAACAAAGAACACAGCUUGAAAAUAAAGAAAAACCGAGACUUCAUCAAAGGAGAGUACAAACUUGACUGCGAUGAUGAAGGCAAUAUUGAAUUUUCCACCUUCAGCUUGAAUACAGACGUGCCCAAAGACUUGCUGGAUAACCGAGAGCUCAACCUUGUGCUGGUCACUAGUGCUCAAGAGAAAAUCUACAUAAAGAUGUACCCAGACUCCGCGAAGGCUGUGUACCCACCUACACUGAAAACCAUACCUACAAUGUGUCCAUUCUGCCAGAUGAAGCUGCAGAGUUUGGAGGACUAUGAGCAGCAUUUAAAAAUAGUGCACCACAUUGUACCCACCAUCCAUGCCAUACUGAAAUCUCCUGCCUUCAAGUGUAUCUACUGCUUUGGGGUGUAUUCAGAAAAGUCCACCCCCAAAACCAUUUCUAUCCACGUACAGCGCUGUCGGUGCGCUCCCAAGAGCGUCAAGGAAGCAGAGAAGCGUCUGAAUCCGGACACGACCGAGCAUGUCAAUGGUGAUAUGGUAAACACCAUCCAGCAGAGUUUCCAGCCACACAUCAUGUUGAAUGCAGAAGAGAAGCAAACUGCCAAAGAAAAGCCCAAGACUGCUGAGAAAAACACCAACAGAAGCAUCAAGGUCUGCAAGAAUGAUGUUCGUGCCCCAGUCGAGCUCGUCAUGGACCCAUCAGGAAUGGAGAUGCAAUCUUUUGAGAACAGAAAAGAGUUCCUCACAAAGUACUUUCACAAUAAGCCCUAUCCAUCUAAAAUGGAGAUACUAACUCUCGCCGCCCGUCUGUGGUUGAACAAGACGGACGUGCUUCAUCACUUCGGUAUGAAACGGAGCAGAUGCAUGAAAACAAUCCAGAAGAGGAGAACUGUAGUGCUACUGGGCUUCAACAUGAGCGAGGUGAAUAAAGUGAAACACAACCUUCUUAUUCCAGAGGUGGAGCCUACUAUCUGAAAAAAAAUUUAAAUAAAAAUGAUGAGAUACUGUAUGUAUGUAUGUAUGUAUGUAUGUAUGUAUGUAAGCAUGCUUAAGUUAGAAUCCGUGUUCAUUUAAAGUUCAGUGAUUUCUAUCAGAGGUGUCAAACUGUUCUGGAGGGCCAUGUUAUAGCAUUUGACCUUCUCCAGCACACUCUGUUUAGGUCAUAAAGAGCUUGGUUAUUAGCUGAUGAUUGAAACCGCAUAUAUUAAAGUUAUGGCAGCACUAAACUGCAAUGAAUCGGAACCUUAGAGUUAAAACGUUCCAUGCUGAAGAUGUAAUUCUUGGGUUUGUGUAAGGUGUGUGUAAAUAAUUACAGAUAUAUGUUUGGGUACCAUUUAUGAUCUUCUUUAAGCCAGUUUGUAAGUUGGCGACUCUAAUGUUAGAUUUAUUUUUUACACAGCUAUUCUGUCAAAGUUCCUGUGUAUAUGGGGCCCCUGCCUGUACAUUCUUAUGUAAAAGUGCUUUCUGAUACCUGUAGUAUGCAUUUUCUUCAGUUGCAAUCCAUUACUUCUAUAUGAAAUUAUAUACACUCCCGGUCCACUUUAAUAGGAACACCUGCUCAUUUAUGCGGUUCUCUAAUCAGCCAAUCUUGUCAGUCAAGAACAAGAAUUUGAGGCUAUCAUGGGAACAGACUCCCAGAAAUUAGACAGGUAAAGACUGGGAAAAAGACCCACCCACCUGAAGGUUUGAUGUUUUGUGCAUGCUGAGAUGCUUUUCUGCUCAACAUGGCUGUAAAGCGUGAUUAUGAGUUACUGUAUCCUUCCUGGCAGCUCGAACCUAUCUGGCCGUUUUCAACUGCCCUCUCUCAACAACAAGGCGUUUCCACUCACGGAACUGUCGCUCACGCAAGGUUUUUUUUGUUUGUUUGUUUUUGUUUUUCCACACCAUUCUGUGUAAACACUAUAAACUAUUGUUUGUAAAAAAUUUGCAGGAGAUCACCAGUCUCUGAAAUAUUCAAACCAUCCCAUCUGGUCACAGAUAUCAUGCUUUUUCUUCAUCCUGAUGUUUGAUGUGAACAUUACCUGAAGAUCUUGACCUUUUAUCUGCAUGAUGUUAUGCAUCGUGUUGCUGGCAUGUGAUUGGCUGAUUAGAUAACUGCAUAAAUGUGUAGGUUUCCCUAAUAAAGUGGACAGUGUAUGUAUGUUUACCACUAGCACCUUUGAGACGUCCAGUGUACUGAUUGAUAAAAUUGCCCCCCCCCACCCCCACCCCCCGAUGUUGAGUGUACUAAUAGAAAAAAAUGUUUGCUUUUUAAAACCAUUAAUAUUCUAUUAAAAAGACUAUUUGGGAUGGGUUGUGUUCUAUUUUGGAUCCAUAAUGUAACGGAGAGUUUCAAGAGAGCAGUACGAACCACUGUGAGAAACAGUGGGUAGAGUGUGAGAUGAUUGAUGCUGUUGAAGAGUAUAUUCUUUCUAUGACAUACUAUAUUUUUUAUUUUAUAUGCAACCCUAAUAUUUCUAGCAAAGAGUUGGAUUGUUUUGGCAUAAUCGUGAUAAUCCAUGACAUGGUGAGUCUGCUGAUUCUCUGGCAAUUAAUGUUUAGUUUAUUUACAUCCACUAUGCCAAGCCAACUUUAUAAAUAAAUGUAUUUAGGUUGGUGCAAUAAAUUCUAAAUGGUAAGCUAGUUGAAAUCUUUAUGAACACAGGAAGGUCAGUCUAAAGCUGCUUGGAAGCCACACACAUGAAAGACUCCAGAUGAGAUAUACUACCCCGGCAAUAAUUAUGGAAUCACCACACUUGGAAGAUGUUCCCCUGGCUUUUUUACUUGGUAGCAAGUAAACAAAUUAAAAACAUUUCUGUCUAAUAGCUGAACAUUCUGGCUUUGUAAAACAUACUUCAAACAAAUUGAAUGAAAUUAUUUUAAUUAAUGGCAUAUUUUUUUCCCAAAUCAAGUAUAGGAAAAAAUUAUGGAAUCACUCAAUGUUGAAAAAGAACU